UGGACUUUGUCUGCGGGUCCCAACCAUUUUGACCAGAUGCCAAAUCAAUCUUCUCAACAUAUUCUCCUUUGUCACUCUUUCUACAAUUUCUAGUAAGAAACGUAUAUGUACAAUAAUAAAUACCCACUAAUCCUAAUCCAAAUGCCCUUUUGUUUUUUUCUUAGGUUAUUCCUUCCCCAUGUUCCCUCCUUUUUCAUUUUAUAAAACCAUAAUAAAAAAAGGUAACCUCUUUUGCUAAAGCUUUGCUUUCUCCUUUGCAGCAAAAAUUUUCAUCAUAUUCACCACUAUCUCUCCAGACAUUCUUUUUACACUCUCUCUUUCUCUUUGCACUCCCUGUCACUCCUCUCUCUCUCUCUCUCUCUCAUUCUCACUCUCACUCUCACUCUCACUCUCACUUGGUUCUUCCCCUGCAAGCAUUGUUUCUUCAAUGGAGAUUCAUAUUUCUCUUCAUCUUGCUAUUACAUGCUUAUUCAUGCUAUUUGUUUCAGCUUCUGGGAAUGGUCAAGGACUUGUUCCAUCAAUCAAGACUGAUGCAGCUGCCCUGCUUAUGUUCAAGAAGAUGAUUCAGAUGGACCCAAAUGGAGUUUUGUCAGGUUGGACUCUUGAAAGGAAUCCAUGCAAGUGGUAUGGAGUUCAAUGCUCUCAAGGAAGAGCCACUCAACUUGAUCUCACUGGGUGUAAUCUCACUGGUAUCAUCUCCUUUGAUCCUUUGGGUUCUAUAGAUAUGCUAUUCACUCUGAAAUUGUCUUCGAAUUCGUUCGUUGUAAACUCAACUUCUCUGCUUCAACUACCUUCCUCGUUGCAGCAGCUUGAGCUUUCUUUAGCUGGACUUGUAGGUCUGGUUCCAGAGAACUUUUUCUCAAAGUACCCCAAUCUUGUUUAUGUGAGUCUUUCUCACAAUAAUUUAACAGGUUUUUUACCUGAUGAUAUUUUGUUGAGUGCUGAUAAGCUUCAGGCUCUUGACCUCUCUUUCAACAAUAUUACAGGGUCAAUUUCAGGUUUGAAAAUCGAAAAUUCUUGCAAUUCCUUAUUGCAACUUGAUCUUUCUGGAAAUCAUAUAGCAGACUUCAUUCCUUCCUCGCUUUCAAACUGUACAAAUCUCAACACUCUGAAUUUGUCGUUCAAUAUGCUUAAGGGAGAGAUCCCACGAUCUUUCGGUAAACUAAGCAGUUUAAAAAGACUUGAUCUCUCCCAUAACCAUAUCACAGGUUGGAUCCCUUCUGACUUGGGGAAUGCAUGUGUUUCAUUGUUAGAGCUGAAGCUUUCUUCUAACAACCUUUCUGGCUCAAUCCCAAAUUCUCUCUCUUCAUGCUCUUGGCUGCAAAAUCUAGAUUUGUCUGACAACAAUAUAUCAGGUCCCAUCCCAGAUUCCGUCUUACAAAACCUUGGUUCAAUAGAGAGCCUGCUAUUGAGCAAUAAUAAGAUUUCUGGACCAUUUCCUUCAUCCAUCUCAGCUUGCAAAUUAUUACGCAUUUUGGACUUCAGUGCCAACAGAUUUUCUGGUAUCAUCCCACCAGACAUAUGUCCAGGAGCAGCCUCGCUUGAAGAGCUACGAGCAGCAGAUAAUCUCAUCACAGGAACAAUACCAGCCCAACUAUCGCAAUGUUUGAAGAUAAAGACUCUUGAUUUCAGCCUAAACUAUCUGAAUGGUUCAAUCCCCGCAGAGCUUGGAAAUCUUCAGAAUCUCGAGCAACUAAUAGCAUGGUUUAAUGGGUUGGAAGGGAAGAUCCCAACAGAAUUGGGAAAAUGCAAGAAUCUGAAGGAUCUCAUUCUCAACAACAACCAUCUAACUGGUGAAAUUCCAGUUGAAUUAUUUAGCUGCAGUAAUCUUGAAUGGAUAUCCCUCACCAGCAAUGGAAUCACUGGAAAAAUCCCAAUGGAAAUAGGAAACUUAUCAAGGCUUGCUGUUCUGCAGCUUGCAAAUAAUAGUUUGAGCGGCGAGAUUCCAGUAGAGCUAGGAAAUUGUAACAGCUUGGUUUGGCUAGACUUGAAUAGCAACAGGCUUACUGGAGAAAUGCCACCAAGACUAGGUAGGCAACUUGGUUCAAAAUCAUUGGGAGGAAUUCUAUCAGCAAAUACAUUGGUGUUUGUACGGAAUGUAGGGAAUUCAUGUAAAGGAGUUGGAGGCCUGUUGGAGUUUGCUGGAAUUCGACCUGAAAGAUUGUUGCAGGUUCAGACAUUAAAGACUUGUGAUUUCACGAGAAUGUAUUCUGGUGCAGUUCUAAGUCGUUUUACACAGUACGAAACUCUGGAGUAUCUCGAUCUCUCAUACAAUGAGCUUCGAGGGAAAAUGCCAGAUGAAAUUGGGCAAAUGGUUGCCUUACAAGUGCUCGAAUUAUCUCACAACCAGCUAUCUGGAGAGAUUCCCUCAUCACUUGGCCAGCUCAAGAAUUUAGGUGUAUUUGAUGCAUCCCAUAAUAGAUUGCAGGGUCAAAUCCCUGAGUCAUUCUCAAACCUUUCUUUCUUGGUGCAAAUUGAUCUGUCAUAUAACGAAUUGACAGGACCAAUUCCACAGAGGGGACAGCUCAGUACACUUCCAGCCACCCAGUAUGCGCACAACCCAGGACUAUGUGGAGUUCCACUGCCUGAAUGCCGGCCUUAUAGCCAAGUAGUGCCUAGUCCACCUUCAGAUUACGGCAAAGGAGGCCAAAGGACUGGAACACCAUGGCUUAACAGCAUUGUCUUGGGGAUUCUCAUUUCUGUUGCUUCUCUUUGCAUUCUAAUUGUAUGGGCAGUUGCAAUGCGUGUGAGGCACAAGGAAGCAGAGGAAGCCAAGAUGCUUAGCAGCUUGCAAGCAUCCCAUGCAGCCACAACAUGGAAAAUUGAGAAGGAGAAAGAACCACUGAGCAUUAAUGUAGCUACUUUCCAGAGGCAGCUAAAGAAGCUCAAAUUCUCUCAACUCAUUGAGGCCACAAAUGGUUUCUCUGGUGCAAGUCUCAUUGGCUCUGGAGGGUUUGGGGAAGUUUUCAAGGCAACAUUGAAGGACGGUACAAGUGUGGCAAUCAAGAAGCUUAUACGAUUGAGCUGCCAAGGUGAUCGAGAAUUCAUGGCAGAAAUGGAAACUCUAGGGAAGAUAAAGCAUAAGAAUCUAGUUCCCCUGUUAGGCUAUUGCAAAAUUGGUGAAGAGAGGCUUCUAGUCUAUGAGUUCAUGGAGUUUGGAAGCCUCGAGGAAAUGCUUCAUGGAAGAACUAAGACACGUGAUCGACGAAUCCUGACUUGGGAGGAAAGAAAAAAGAUUGCAAGAGGCGCAGCAAAAGGACUUUGUUUUUUACACCAUAACUGCAUUCCACACAUUAUACACCGAGAUAUGAAGUCUAGCAAUGUACUGCUAGACCAUGAAAUGGAAGCAAGGGUAUCAGACUUUGGAAUGGCAAGACUCAUAAGUGCACUUGACACUCAUCUUAGUGUCAGUACACUCGCGGGAACACCAGGAUAUGUGCCGCCUGAGUACUACCAAAGCUUCCGGUGCACUGCAAAGGGUGAUGUCUACUCAUUUGGGGUUGUUUUAUUGGAACUCCUGACUGGGAAACGCCCAACUGAUAAGGAGGAUUUCGGAGACAGUAACUUGGUGGGAUGGGUGAAAAUGAAAGCGAGAGAAGGAAAACAAAUGGAAGUAAUAGACCCAGAGUUGCUAUUAGUGACAACAGGAACAGAUGAAGCAGACGCAGAAGAGGUUAAAGAAAUGGUCAGGUAUUUGGAAAUAGCAUUGCAGUGUGUGGAUGACUUUCCAUCCAAGAGGCCUAGUAUGCUGCAGGCGGUGGCAAUGUUGAGAGAAUUGAUGUCUGGAUCAACCAAUGGAAGCAGCAACAGUGCUUGAAAACUGGGUUUUAUUUAUAUUAACGAGUAUAAUUAAAGAUCAGAAGAGAAGAGAUUUUAGAAUAUAUUGUUCAUCUGUCUAAAAUUUUUUUUCUUGUCCAUGUAAUUAGCAAUCCUUCUUCCUUUUCUAUUUUUCCUCGUAUGUACUACUGCAAAAUAGUGAGUGAAAGACUAUUAUGACUUAUAUCUAAUGCAAAUACUUUUCAAGAA